AUGGAGCAGGCCCAGAACCUCCAGGAACGAGAGCGACUUGCGGAUCAUUAUCAUGCUGAUGGUGAUGAUGACUAUCCGUUUCAUCAUGGCUGCGAUGGAGUAGGUCACUGUGGGCAGAAUUGCAAGAAUAUGGAACGCAAUGAGCGACUGGCUGAAAUGACUGAUCCCGUUGAGCACCAGCAAAGUCCAGGGGACCAGGUGCAGGUUGGGCUCGGCCACGGUUUCAGAGACGAUGGUGAAGCCAAAGAACAGCUCUUUAAACUCCAUUCUUCGCACAAGAUCCUGUUCGCGUUGGCCCUGGCUGCUGAGCUGCGGGUCAGAGAUAGUGCGUCUCGUUGUUUCCUUAUCUCCCGACUGGGAAACAACGAUGAUCACCACGCCAACGAGCAGCGGUACCAGGGACAGGUAGGUUGUGGAAGGGAAGCGCACUUUAUAGUACAAGCGGUAGCUGAACACGAUGAAAAGCGGUCCCAGAGCACGGAUGGACGCCACGGUGGCGAUGGGACAGAUGGCGGUGGCUGCCAGGCUGAACAGCUUGGCAAUAAAUUGGAACGUGCCCAUGGGGAAAUAGAGUUUCAGCAGGCGUCGAUUGAACACAAAACGGGUGGUUGCUACCGAGCUUCCCGGGAGCUGUUCGCGCAAAAUGGGGAACCGGUCGCUGAGAACUAUGGCUGUAUAGCCGAGCACAAGACUGCACAGAAACUGGAACUCGCCAACAAACACAGGGAAGUCAAACUGCUCCAGGAUUUGCUUGGUGAGUUGCGAGGUCAAGCUGGAAAUGGCGUACCAGCAAAAACAGAGCGAUACCACCUUGAAGUCCACCAAAUGGCUCUGUGA